GGCGGUCAUAUGAUUGAACCUUGUCCCAGUAUGAAUCCAUUGUUGGGAGGAUAUUCCAAUGAUGAAGCAUCUCAUUUUCCUAGAGAGUAUGCCGGUUACAGUCGAACUUAUAAUGCCAUUCCUACUGGUGAUAUCGGGGCUUACGGAAACGCUGUUUUGGGUAGCCAAUACAGGCCAAACAUAGCAGGGAACAAUAUGGAUUUUCACGGAAGACCGUAUGUUGAAUACGGAAAUUUCCAGCCUUCGAAUUAUAGUACUUAUGGAAGACCUUCUGUUGAAUACAGAGAUUUCCUGCCUGACCUGCAUACACCUGUACCAGCCACAUCUUCGCUUCCCCUGUAUGUGGAACCGACUCUAAGACCUCGACAUGGAGGAUUACCUAAUAACAUGCCGUACUCAGGGAGAUAUGGCGAACCGACUCUAAGACCUCGCCAUGGAGGAUUACCUGAUAGCAUGCCAUACUCAGGGAGAUAUGCGGAACCGACUCUAAGACCUCAACAUGGAGGAUUACCUGAUAACAUGCCGUACUCUGGGAGAUAUGUGGAACCGACUCUAAGACCUCGACAUGGAGGAUUACCUGAUAAUAUGCCGUACUCAGGGGGAUAUGUGGAACCAACUCCAAGACCUCGACAUGGAGGAUUACCUGAUAACAUGCCGUACUCUGGGAGAUAUUCUUCUCAACAUCCAAAAUACUAUCCCUGAACUUGACCAUUUUGUAAUUAUGGAUAUAUGUUCAGGUUUUGGAUAUCUUGUUCCAUUUUAUUGAGGGAGUAGGAGAGAAAAAAUCGAAGAGUUUGUAAACAUGGAUCCAUCUCUGUGUUUCGGGUAUCUGUUCAUAUUAGUUGUCGGAACACUAACUACCGAAUGAGUGUCUACCAGGCCAGAGAUGCGGUGUCUAUUAGUUCUCUGUUGCUGAAACUGAAUCGUUUUCCUGCAAAAUUCUUUA